AUGCAACAAGAAAUAGAAAAUAAAAGUUUUCUUGGUAAUCUAUUAGAUGAAAGACAUCAUGACAAAAUGAUUCAAUUAAAUGCAUCAUUAAACGAAGAUCAAAAAAAAAUAUUGCAAGAUUUAAGAAAACAACACUUAGCUUUAUUGAUUAAUAAAAAUUAUGAUUCUUUAUUAAUCGAAAUUCAACAAUCAAAAGAUAUUGAUAGAUUAUUAGAUAAUAAUUAUUAUAUUAAUCGAAUAAAUGAAGUUAGAGAAGAAUAUUUAGAUGAUUUGAUUAAAAAUAGUGAAAAUAUUAAUGUAAUAUCAAGUAAUUCAGAAAUUUUACAAGAUAUAAAGGUAUUAAAUCAAACAUUAUUAACUGAGAAUCGAAAUUUAGUUACAUUAGAAAAUAUACAAAGACAAUAUUAUAAUAAUGGAUUAUAUGAUAUUUUAAAAUCAGCAAUUGAAAAUGAAAAAGAUGUUGAAAAAUUAAAAAAUACUUGUAAAUUAAUACUUCAAGAAUUAUUAAAUACAAAAAUUCAAGAAUUACAACAACCACCUAAACAACUACAAGCAAAACGUUCUAUUGAAGAAGUUGAAAGUAAUAAUCCAACAACAAGUCCUGAUAAAGCAAACCAAGAACAUAAUUUAGCAGGAACAGUAGAAAGACAAAUACAAGAUAUAAUUAAUCAAUAUAAAAAAACUUUAAAUGUUGAUGAUAAAAGAAAGUUUUUUCUGAAUAUAAAAAAUAAACCUAUUUCUGAUAUUAUUAAGAAAAUAUAUAAUACUACAAAAGAUAAACGAUCUUUAUUAGAUGUAUUAUAUUAUAAAUGGGUAUUAGGAAAAGAUGAUUUAUUUCUUUUUGAAAAGAAUUUUAAAAAAACAAAAAUUGAUGAAACAAAAAAAUUAAUCGUAUUAUUAAAUAAUUAUUUAUAUGAAGAACCUAGAAAGAAAGCAAUGAUAUCGAAAAAUAGAUUAAAGAAACAUAAUGAAUUUAGAAAAUUAAGAAAACAUCCAAUGAUAUUUGUUAAAGCAUCAGA